UUUCCUCUUCCUCCAGCGCUGACGAACACGGUGGCGUCGGUGUGUAACCCUGCAGACGUCAGCUGUCUGGACUCCUACAACUUCUCCUCGUUGGACGGGCUGCACCGCGGGCCCCUGAGCCACGAAGAGCCGCUUAACUACUCCAGCAGCGGAGACGGAGACUGCCUCAACCUGCUGGAAACCGGCUUCUACCACUCGGACCUCGGGCAGAUCAGCGUGUGCGGAGAGGACUGCGAGCGGCCCCCGGCCAAGCGGCUGAAGAUGGGCCUGUCGGAGCCGUUCUUAAACGACAACAGGAACAUGGGCGUAGAUUUCGAGGGCCGCACGCAUCACAUCACAAGUGCCAAAAUGGCGGUUUCGGUCAGUGACUUCAGCGAGGCGGGAAGCUACAUUGGCGCGCACACACUACAUCAGCACACGGCGCUGCAGUCGGAGUAACACGAGCGCGCAUGCCAACUCUCACGGGACUAGCUGCAAUCCAAUGUGUACAUAGCCGCAUAUUCCUUCACAUAUUUGUUUUUGGUUUCCUGAUUAUAUACGUGUGUGUAUAUAGAUGUACAGAUUGAUUCUUUUUAGAUCUUUAUUUUUUUUUUUUUACUAUGACAUCAGUGAUGUCUAAUUGUACAGACCUAAAUCUUGAUUUCUCAAGAGUUAAUACAGCCAUUUAUUUUCCAGUCUUGAAUUUUUGGAAGUGUCAUAAGCGUGUCCGAAUACUGUGGAAAACUUGAACUCGCAUACUUCAGCCGACAGCAAGGGGUUUUUCUAAGCCAUCAUGACGACUGGCUGUCAGCUCGGCCUCUCCUCUGUGGUUCCCAUCAGUGUUUACAGCUCACCCUUCGUCUGAAAGGCAUUUACGACCACUUCUUCGUUUCGUUUUGCACCAUUCGAGCACAAGAACCCGGAAAGUUCAGCCCUGGGAGAUUUUCUGCUGUUUUGAUGGACUGCAAAAACAAACCUACGAACAAUUGCAAGUGGUUCUAGCAAAUACAUAGGCCCUAAAUACAAUAGAGGUAUUACGACGUGUGUGAUUUUUCUAUUUCUGCGCAUAUUUAUUAGUGUUCCUCUUGCUUUACCAGUUGGCGUUUGGUGUAUUUAUUGCAAUGAAGACAAUUGGACUGCAUUAUGGUCGUUUUUUUUGUUUCCCGAAAUGAUUGUGAAAGACUGGCACAUGUUUUUUGGGGGUUUUUUUCCGAUUUGUUUCGACAUUUCGAGAUCACUAUUUAU